AUGAAUUUCCUUCUCGACAUUGCCCCCCGCAUCGUGACCUUCCCAGAUGACAUGAAGAAACUUUCUAACGACUUUAAGCAGGUUUCAGGGUUUCCGAACACUAUUGGCUGCAUUGACGGAAGCUAUAUUCCGGUCAGGUGCCCUGCUGGUAAAGUGCGGUCAGUGCAUGUGAAUCGGCACCACUACCCAUCCUUGACGCUGCACGGAAUAUGCGACAACCGGAAGAGGUUCCUAGAUGUCAGCACAGGUGCACCCAGCAAAAUUCACGACGCCAGGAUCUUCCGGCUUUCAACCGUUUCGAAGAAACUGCCUCAACACUGCGCUGGGAAAUACCACAUUCUUGGGGACGCAGCGUACCCAUCUCGCGAGUACCUAAUGACUCCCAUUCGCGACUACGGAAGCCUCGAUGCCUCUGACAAGGCAUUUAGUGCCAAACUUUCAUCUACCCGAGUGCUAAUUGAAAAUGCGUUUGGGGAGUUAAAGGGUAGGUUUCGGCAGCUGCAGCGUGUGGACCUCACGACAGUAGACAACAUGACAAAAUUUAUCCUCGCAUGUAGUGUCCUCCACAACAUCUGCAUUGACAACGGUGACUCGCCUGAUGGUCUAGUUCCAGGCAUGCAUCUGAACUCUCAGGGUGCUAAUGAUCCGAACCCUAGUGGAGCCAGAGUCCACAGCGGAACAUCCAGAGAAGAGAGCCUCUUACGGGCGCUUGCAGAGGUUAAGCGAGAAAGACUGAAAUCUAAGAUGGGGCUAAAGAGGAGGCAGCCACAAAAUCUGUCUUAA